AUGGACUCCGUAUCAUGGGGGAAUUAUUCCAUGUAUGCCGACUUUGUCCUCCUGGGCUUAUUCAGCAACACCCGCUUUCCCUGGCUCUUCUUUGCCCUCAUCCUCCUUGUCUUUGUGACCUCCAUAGCCAGUAACAUUCUCAUGAUCGUUCUCAUUCACAUGGACUCCCGCCUCCACACGCCGAUGUACUUCCUACUCAGCCAGCUCUCUGUCAUGGAUAUCCUUUACAUUUCUACCAUUGUUCCAAAGAUGCUGAUUGACCAGGUGGUGGGCCAGAGGACCAUUUCCUUUGCAGGCUGCACUGCCCAGCACUUCCUCUACUUAACCUUGGCAGGGGCUGAGUUCUUUCUGCUAGGACUUAUGUCUUAUGACCGCUAUGUGGCCAUCUGCAACCCUUUGCGUUACCCCGUGCUCAUGAGCCGCAAGGUCUGCUUGUUGAUUGUGCUGGCAGCUUGGAUAGGAGGCUCUGUAGAUGGCUUCCUGCUCACACCAGUCACCAUGCAGUUUCCCUUCUGUGCAUCUCGGGAAAUUAACCACUUUUUCUGUGAGGUGCCUGCCCUUCUAAAGCUCUCCUGUACAGACACAUCAACCUAUGAGACAGCCAUGUACGUCUGCUGCAUCAUGAUGCUCCUCAUCCCUUUUUCUGUUAUCUCUGCCUCUUAUACCAGGAUCCUCAUCACAGUUUAUAGGAUGAGUGAGGCAGAAGGAAGGCGGAAGGCAGUAGCUACCUGCUCUUCACACAUGGUGGUGGUCAGCCUCUUCUAUGGGGCUGCUAUGUACACCUAUGUAUUGCCUCACUCAUAUCACACCCCUGAGCAAGACAAGGCUGUGUCGGCCUUCUAUACCAUCCUCACUCCCAUGCUCAAUCCACUCAUCUACAGCCUCAGGAACAAGGAUGUAACCGGGGCUUUACAGAAGGCCCUGGGGAGAUGUUUCUCCUCCGGAAGGGUGAACGCUUUCUAA